AUGCCGGCUGUGCGUCACCCAGUGUUACUACGGCUCAUAGUUACUGUGAUUUUUUUUUUUUUCCUGCUGGCUGUGAAGCACCCAGUGUUACUGCGAUUCCCCCUGUUUGAUGUUAGCUUAUUUCCCUGCCUAUUCUGCUGUGGUGUAAGUUUGACAUAUGAAUGUGUGUUUGCAGGAGAUGUUUUGGAGAUUGGUGCCCAGUGGAGUAUAUUGAAGAAAGACAUCCCUUCAUUUGAAAGAUAUAUGGCUCAGCUGAAAUGCUACUACUUUGACUACAAGUAAGCAUAAGGACUAUUUGCUGAUAAAGACACACAAUUAUUUAGUCUCUCUCACUCUAAAAAGGCAACUGAAAAGAAAUGAAAUAUCUAAAUUUGCAAUCAUCAUAAAAUGUUUUUUUAAUAAAAACCCAAUAAAAGUGUGGGCUUCGCAGGCUGGGAUGUGAAUUGCUAUUGUGUACAUACAGCUCCAAAGCUCAGAUAAUCAUUGCAAGAGGACUACUUCUGGACUGAGCAUGGAAAUAAUGUUCUGAGCUUUUCCUGCUUCCAUUGUGGCAGUGAUGGCUGCCAGUAAUAUAUAUAUUGAUAAUGUUAAAAUAACUGUGUUCAGUGUCCUAGCUCUUCCACUGGCUCCAGGAGACACAGCAAGUCUUUUUAAUCUGUUUUCGAGAUCAGGAAGGAGGUUCAGUGCUGAUAAGAAAACCUUAUUUGUGCUUUAAUCUGUUUUACCUGUGUUGCAGGGAUGAACUCCCAGAAUCCGCAUACAAACACCAGCUCCUUGGCCUCAACCUCCUUUUCCUCCUGUCGCAGAACAGAGUGGCUGAAUUUCACACAGAGCUCGAGAGGUUACCGGCAAAAGAGAUCCAGGCAAAUGUUUACAUCAAACACCCGGUGUCUCUGGAGCAGGUAACGGAAUAUUCUGAGUAUUAGUACGUAGGAUUUUACACUGUAAGGUUAUGAACCUGAUGGGAACUUUGGUUUAACUCUCUGAUCGGGUAUCCUGGGAUUUCCGCAUGCAGCACGGGCUUGCACUUAUUUAUGUUUCUUUGCAUUGCUAUCCCGCGAUGUUUCAAUUAGCAGAGUAGUGUGAAUGGGAAAAUAAUUUCGAGCCCAUGAAAAUGCAUAAAAUGACAGCAGUAGGUGCUGCAUGCGGAAAUCGCAGGAUACCCGGUUGAUAUAGUUUCCUGCUAGAUGUCACAUGUCUUCUGGUUUUUGAAAGGAAUUAACUCGCUAAAUGUGUCCUCUAUGACCAAUUGUGCAGAGUGCUGUGUAUUCUUUUUUUUUUUAACCAAAUUUUGAGAAGAAAAAUGGUACGGCUGUUAUCUGCAGGUGCAGUCACUGACACGGCUGAGGAGCUUCUGUUUGGCAGAAUGAUGAAACUUACAUUCUUAGAGAUCUAACUAAUAAACUAUUCUUUGUUUUAAAUAAUGGCAGUACCUGAUGGAAGGGAGCUACAACAAGGUGUUUCUGGCGAAAGGUAACAUCCCAGCCGAGAGUUACACGUUCUUCAUUGACAUUUUACUCAACACAAUAAGGUUAGUGUAACUCUCAGCCCUGGCCAUCCUCCCAGUCACUGGCUGGUGUAACUUCCAGCACUCUCAUCCCCGGCCAUCCUCCCCGUCACUGGCUGUUGUAACUCUCAGCCCAGCCAUCCUCCCCGUCACUGGCUGUUGUAACUCUCAGCCCAGCCAUCCUCCCUGUCACUGGCUGGUGUAACGCUCAGCCCCGGCAACCCCGCCCCCCCCACCUCCCCUGUCACUGGCUGGUGUAACUCUCAGCCGCCAUUCCCCACCACGUCACUGGCUGGUGUAACUCCCAGUGCUCUCAGCCUCUGCCCUCAUUCUUACAGCUUAACUCCCAGCCCUUGCACCUCUAACUAGCAAUGGCUAAUUUGGUUUACAUGGAUGUUGCUACGUUUUGUUGCAGGGAUGAAAUUGCUGGCUGCAUUGAAAAGGCGUAUGAGAAAGUAUUGUUUAAUGAGGCAACAAGGAUAUUAUUCUUUAACACACCCAAGAAGAUGACAGACUAUGCAAAGAAGGUUUGUACAUCUCACGGGAUUUAGUGCCUGCUACUGUCUCUUAUUCAGGGAAAACUCUGCAACUGACACUAGUGAUUGCCUGGGAAUGAGUGCUGGAUGUAGGUUCUCUAACCGCCAUCAUGGAGCCCCCUAACGUGCUGCUGUUACACAAUAUAUAUACACUUCCUUAAUGUUUGUUAUACAGGUGUGCAGACAUUGUUAUUUAUACAGUAAUGAUCUGGCUUUAUGCCGUCCCUUUUUUUGUUAAUGCUUUAUAGAGAUUGGGAUUUCAAUGAGUACUGCUAGUUUUCACACCACCAAUCCUGCUCUCCCUGCCGUUUUGUCAAUUGAACCAGAGCUCCCAUUUUUUUAUUUUUUUUUCCUCACUUUGUGAGUAUUUCUGUUAAACCUUUUAUUCACUUCAGUAAAAUGCUGCCAGAACAUUUGUGGGAACAGCUUGUCUUUUUACCAUUGUCACAAUAAUGGCAUUUAUUUAUUAACGUUAAUGUAAAGAGGUUGAGCAGAGAUGAAAGCUGUUUAAUUCUGUGAAGACCAUUCAGUGAAAUGAUUAAAAUGUAGUUCCAUUAAUGAUAGAUCUUUUCCCCCCGAUAGCGCUGGUUAACAUGCAGUGGGCCUGAUACAAUGAGACUGUGUCAGAUUAGCAGAGAAGGGCAGUGUUGGGGUAUAUUAACACCAUUUGGGGCUAAAAAAUAUUGUGAAGUAUUUGCCUGGUAUUCUGCAUCCUCAGGCCCUUGUCUGAUUUGUCAUUACAGCGUGGUUGGGUGUUGGAGCCAAACAACUACUACAGCUUCAGCAGUCAGCAGCACAACCCUGAAGAGGCCACAAUUCCAUCAACGGAACUAGCCAAGCAAGUCAUAGAGUAUGCCCGGCAGUUGGAGAUGAUAGUCUAA